CCAAAGAAAGCCAAGAAGAAGGAGGCGGUGAGCUCCAACCUGUUCGCCAUGUUUGAGCAGUCCCAGAUCCAGGAGUUUAAAGAGGCUUUCACCAUCAUGGACCAGAACAGAGAUGGUUUCAUCGACAAAAAUGACUUGAGAGACACCUUUGCCGCUUUGGGCCGCAUUAAUGUGAGCAAUGACGAGCUGGAGGACAUGCUGAAAGAAGCCCCGAGUGCUAUAAACUUCACCGUGUUCCUCACCAUGUUUGGGGAGAAACUCAAAGGCACAGAUCCAGAGGAGACCCUUCUGAAUGCCUUUAAGAUCUUUGACCCUGAGGGGAAAGGGUAUCUCAAGGGAGAUGAAAUCAAGUACCACCUCAUGUCUCAAGCGGACAAGUUUUCUGAAGCAGAGGUGAACGAGAUGUUCACAAACUUCCCCCUUGAUGUCGCUGGCAACCUGGACUACAAGAACUUGUGCUAUGUCAUUACUCAUGGAGAAGAGAAGGACUAGGAGAAGAAGAGUCAUCCUUCCUGUUGUGUAUAUAACCUCAGCCUGCACUCCAUAUUUUCUCUGCAAACGCCACCUUUCUACUACCUUAACAAAAACCCACUGUGACGCUUUGGUGUGUUUUCUGAGACUGUGGUGUGGAAAGCACAUUAACAUGUUGUGACUGGUUUAGAACUUGAUGAAUCUAGUAUGCUAGACCAC